GACCAAACGAGCCGUCUGAGCGAGAAAUAUCUCUCCUCCGGUUUGUACCUAGGCAGAAGUGCAGAAGCCAAGCCACACGCAGACAGCCAACGGAGCGAGCGAGAGGGAGGCGGCGGAGAAAGGCAUCAGCAUGUCGGCGGCGGCGGGAGGAGAGGGGGAGACGGUGCGGGCGUCGCACAUCCUCAUCAAGCACGAGGGUUCCCGCCGCAAGGCCUCCUGGAAGGACCCCGACGGCCGCGUCAUCUCCGCCACCACCCGCGCCGACGCCGCCGCGCGCCUCCUCGACCUCCGCAACCAGAUCAUCGCUGGCCAGGCCAACUUCGCCGACCUCGCCGCGCGCCACUCCGACUGCUCCUCCGCGCGCCGCGGCGGAGACCUUGCACAGGUUCCUUUGGGAGGAGGCAGAUGCAGAAACCCUUUGAGGACGCCACCUUUGCCCUCAAGGUUGGUGAGCUCAGCGACCUCGUGGACACUGACAGUGGGGUUCACAUCAUCCUGCGGACUGCCUGAGAAGAGGCCCACACUGUCAGCUGAAUGACGGCUUUGAGCAAUUAGUGCAAAUGGCUUUCGAUUAGGGCCUGUAUUUUUUCGCUUUUGCAGCCUGAGUGCAUAACAUUCUGGACGAAGAUAAAUCAUGUAUCUUAACACGUUUGCAGCAGCAUUUGAGCUUAAUCUACAUGGUCGAUGAACCUGUAGGCUUCUGAAUGCCUAGUUGGUCUGUCAA